GUUUCCACAAAUUACACGUCUCUCAAGAUCGCAGUCCGUAUUUUUGGGAUGAUUAGUGUAGUCCGUGGUAUCCGUGAGCAUCGGUUUGGAUUUAAUGACUAACCCAGUUUCUACAACAUGUAAUCACCACUUCUGCAAAUUUUGCAUCAAUGAGUUUAUUCACAAGAAAAGACAAGUACCUUGUCCAAUGUGUAAUGUUGCUUUAACAAAGAGUUUUCAAGAAAAUGGUAAACUGAAAAACAUCAUUGAGAAACUGAAGAAUCUGAUGUCUGCUGUGGCAAAAGAUACACAUUAUACACUAACAGUGUGCAGAGAAGACACAUCAUUACCAAAUCGUUCUUUAGCUGUUGUGAAGAAAGGAAUCAAACGCAAAGUACAUUUUAAUCAUAAAUCAGAGGUGCGAGAUGUUACAAAAGUAGAAAAUACACAGUUGAAUGGUGAAAAAUUAGCUAAAGUAAAAGGUCAUGAAUUAUAUAAGAGUCUGAAAAAUUACAGUAGAGAAAAUGAUAUACGUAACAAUAGAAAGAGAAUAGUUGAGUGGCUUCAACAGCUUCCUCUUUUUUUUAAUGAUUGGAAUGAAGAUAACUUUGGAGUAGAAAAUAGUAACUGUAAGGAGUUUCAACCAGCUGAGAAUAAUAUGAAGAGGAUGCCAACACAGUGCAUUUCUAAUUUUCCUCUAAAAGAAAAUGUUUGUGCUCAUUAUGAUCUCAUUUCUGUAUCAGAGACUUAUUCAAUUCAUUCUGAAGUUGUCAACAGUGACUGCAUUUACUCAAAAAAAUGCUUGAGGAAAGAACAAAAUACCUUUCUUUCUACAACAGCAUCAAACUCCAUAUGCGAUGUUACCAAAAGAACAUUGAAUCCAAGAAAACAAUCAACUUCUUAUAAAAGACUUCAACAGCAAAUAUCAAAAAGUAUUGAAAAAUUUAAAAAGUUCAGAGCCAAAAGAGAAAGAAAUGUUUCCUCAAGUGUAAACAUAACUCCAAAGAAUUAUGUUAUUGACUUAACUUCUCGUAAGUCAGUCUCUCUUCAGCAAGCAUACACUACUGAUGCAUUUAGUAAAAAAAGAAAAAGCAACAAAAUACUUGGAACUGAAAAAUUCUUAAUGAAUUUGAGUGAUGAUAAAAGUAAAAACCAGGAGAAUAAAUCCAAAGUUUGGGAUGACUCAAAACUGCCGAACAUUGAGAGUAUACAAACAAGAAGCAAGCAGAAUCUGUAUGAAUUGAGAAAGAAAGAUGAGAAAAAAGAUGGUACAGAUGGUCUCAAGAGCUGUUCAGAUAUUAAAGAAUGCGAACCUGCUGAUUUAGAAAUACAAUCUGAAGAUGUAAGUAUGCCUUCUAGUUCCUUGCAUGCAUCUGAUAGAAAGGAUUCUGGCUCGGAUUUAUCACUAUCAGAUAGAUUAAUUUCUGAAACAAAUGGUUGCUCUUCAAUAAAAAGUGCAUCUCAAUUCAAAGAUGAUUCUUUAAUGUCUUCUGCUGUUGACAUGUUAAUUUCUGAUAAACUUGAUAAAGUAAAUGAUGGUACAUUUCAUAAGGAUGCUGAUAAAUAUUCAAAACCACUUCAUAAUUCAAUGAAGGUAUUAAUGGAAACAGGAAACUCUUCAAUUGUUGAUGACACAAUUUUACCUUGUGAUUUGUCAAAUUCAUCUGCAUCAAAUAAACAAAUGAGUACUGAAGAUGCUUGCAAUGAUGCUGCCAAAGAAACUAUUUCAUCUAAACAGGCAUUGGAGAUGCCAAACAAAACUAGUAAAUCACAGGCAGUAUCAAAUGAUAGCAAAUCUCCCUCAAGUUUCUUGUUAAUCCCAGAUUUUAAACUUGUGGAUUAUACUCAAACCCAGAGCUCAGUAAUGUCAGAAGACAGUAUAAAACUUAAUUCUUGUAUUGAUCAACCUCAGAUUAAGGAAAGUAUUUCAUCCCAAGAUCUUGAAAGAAAUAAUGAAAAGCAGUUAAAUACUGAAAAAAAUAUAGAUGGUUCUAUCUCUCUACCUUCAAAUGACACUUUGCAUGUGCUAGAUAAUUGUAAAGAAAAUGUUGGAGAUAUUAAUCAAAAUAUGCUUUUAGAAGGAACUUUUCAAGAUAAAAUUAUCAGACAAUUUAAUUGUAAAUCAGAUGAAAAUUGUCUGAAGAAUUCUAAUUCUCUUUCCACUGAAUCUUCUCCAUCAUUCAGUAGUAACUCUAAAGUUGACAAUAAAGAAAUAUAUGAAAAUCCAGAGUCUUCACAAGAAAAUAACAACAAUAAAAAUUUUGUUCUCAUGCAUGAUAAAGGAUUAACUCCUCCCCUCAUAAUGAACAGUUCUCAAGACAAGAAUUGUAAAAUCAUUGUAUCUGAGUUUGAUCCUGAAGCAAAACCCACCAUUCCAAAAACUAUUUCAGAAAAACCAUCUGAUUUAGAUUCGCAAGGAUCCUUAUCUUCAAUACAACCUUGUAAAAUUGAAUUAAUUGAAUGUCAGCCAUCUUCAUGUAGUGAGAUUCCUUGUAGUGUAGAUGUUGAAAACAAUUAUGUAAAUAUAUUGCCAGAACUACAGAAACUGUAUCAGAAUGAAAUACCUAAGUCUGAAAGAAAAGAAACACCAGAAGAAAAUGUGUUUAAUAAUGAAUCAUGUUCAAAGAACCUACCUGUUCAAUCAAAAUACCAAAAAGAUAUACCUCAAAAGGAUCAAUCUACUACAACUCCUAAAACAAUGAUAUUUGCUACUGACUGUUCCACAUUAGAUUCACAGAUUGUUAAACCAACUAAAGCAUCAAAAAGGAAAUGUUUUUCUCUUGAUGGAAGAAGCCUAAAAUCAGUUGUCUCUAAUAAGGUUUUCAGCUGUCAAUCUGAAAUAUAUAGCAGUUCAAAAAAAGAUAAUUUAGUUGAUUCUUUUGGGAGCAAAACAAAAUCUGAAGUCAGUUGUAUAUCUUUGGGUAGAAGUAGUCGGCCAGUUGAGGAAAAGGAAAAACAAAUACUAGAAAAUUUGUCUGACCAUGUUAUAUCUUUGCAAGGAAAGUCCUCGCCUUUGAAAGUUCAAAAAUGUCCAAGGAAGAGAAGAAAAUCUAAUGAGGAAAACUAUUUUGAAAUAAAAUGUGAUGAUUUGAAAAAUUCAGCAUCCGUUGGCAAUCAGCCAAAAGAAAAGUUUAUCCCCAAUGAAAUUACUGAAGAAAAGUUUGUUGACUCCUCAAAUGUUACUGACAGUUACAAUGAUUCCUUAACACAAGCACCUUCAUGUGACAGAGAAUCAUUAGAAUUUCUAACUGAUAAAACAAUUUCACCAAUGCCACUUUCUCCUACACCUUCUAGUGUAACUACAAAUGUCAUAAGUGAGCCAAUUGUCACUAGUUGGACACACCAUGAGGUUCCUCUAGAUAGUGAUGGGAAGAAUAACUUAAAAAAGAACACUUCAACCAAAAGCAAAGAAAUACAAGUUUUUCAAGAUAUAGAUAUUGAAAACAGUAAUCCGUUGUUACCAUUUGGUAAUGGAAUUGAUAUUGAGCAGUCUGGAAGAAUACAGAAUUUUAGUUUAAAUUUAGAAAAUUCAAAUGGUGUUGCAAAUAUUUCUCAAAAGUCACAAGAAUCGAAAGUUAAGCAAACUCUAAUCACGGUGAGAAAGGACUCUACAAAGAAUCAUUCAGAAAUGAGUCAAACAACAGCUAAUGAGCCAAAAGAAAGCCUUGAAAUGGAACCACAGAGAAAUCUGUCAGGAGUUCAAAAAGAAGACAGUCCACAAGUUAAAACAACUAAACAUGAAAAUAUUGCUGUUGAUAUAUCAUCACAACUUGAUGUACCUAAUGUAAAUCUUUCUUUCCAGAUGAAUGCAUCCCAAGUUUCUUGUGAUUCAAAUGAUACUACAGAAGUUACUAGUCAUCUUAAAUUAUCAAAUGAAAAAGCUGAAUUACAGAAAGAUACAAACAACUUUGAUAACAAAAGUACACGAUCAUCAAAACAAGCUAAUGCAAAUAAAAUUUCCAGUAGACAAAAGGAAUGCAUCUCUGAUUCUGAAAAAACUGACCACCUAGACUUGUUUAGAAAUGAUAAGGAAAAAUUUGAAGAAAUUGACAAUGAGAUUGGAACUGAUAAAAGAAGUAAAUGCUUGGUUAUAUCUGAAUCUGAAGCUGAACAAAGUGAUGAAGGAGAGUCGCUAAACAUAUAUAAUAAAAAUACUCGAGGUUCAGAAAAUGUAGGAUCUCAGGCUGAAAAAUACACCACACAACUUUGUGCCUACCUGGAAAAUGAUUUGGUUGAGAUGAAAAGACAAAUUGCAUUACUGGAAGCUAAAUUAGGUAUGGAUGACUCAACUAUUAAUGAAGAUACUGACUGUAGAGAUGAGUUAAAACUUGCAUCAUGUCAAGAAGCAGAGAUUCCAAUGCCAGAUGGUAACUUGAUAAAAACCAUGGAUUGUGAUAAUAAAUACAUGAGACUGAGUAGUGAUGAAGAUGUCAUUCCAGAUUCUUUUCCAGAAGAACCUACAGAAAAAUGUCUGUCAUUUGAUGACAGUAAAAAGUCAGCAACAGAAGACAGUGAGGAAUUAUUUUUCUCUCCCUCAUUUCAAGGAUCUUCGUCUGCAGCUUGCUAUCCCAAGGUCCAGAAUAGAAAGAAAAGAAGCCAGCAUGAUAAUAGGAAUUGUUUGCGAAAUAAACUUAAAUGCAAAAAAAAUGUACCCAUUAUUGAAAGUGAUGAAUCUGAUACUUCGGUUGUUUUGGCUGAUGAGGACGGAAAUGGUUCAGUUGAUAAGGAAGAAGUCAUUCCAUCUGACAUUACUGACAAACAUUUACCAGAGAACAAAUCUCAUAACCAUUUGAAUAAAAGUAAAAACAGUCUCAAAUGUGAACCUUCUCACAAUUCAUCAAAUCCAUUUAAGUCUUUUGUUAAUAUUGACUUUGAUCAGAAAGAAGAGGAAGUGCGAUUUGACAUGCAGUUAACUAACACACUUAAGCAGAUAAAAAAUCUUGUUGCUACAGGCUUGUCAAAUGUUGCUGUGGCUGAUUUUGAAAUCACUGGUGAUACUGUUAAUGGUAAACAUCACAGAGGGCCAACACGAUCACGUCUAUCAAAUACAAAUCUUUUAACAUCCUAUCAAAUUUAUUUUACUGGGGAAACCUCUGAACUACCAUUAGAGGUCUUAGAAAAUUUGGUGAAAACUCUUGGUGGAAAAUUGGUGACUAAUCCUAACUGUUUUGAUCUGAAGUCUAAAAAAACUUGUUUAAUUAUAUCGUCUGGUAAUCAGGAGUCUCAUAAGUUAGCAAAAAAUGUACAUAAAAAGAAAGGUGUGUUACUGUUAUCCCGCGAGUGGCUUUUAGACUCUGUGGCAAUGUAUGAAAUACAGUCAUUGGAUGGUUACAUUUUAUUAUGAUACUGAAUUUAAGGGUACUUAUUUCAUUUUAUCUUACAGACAAAAACAUUAAGAUUACCUUUAUUAGUCAGUAAAAAAAAAAACUUCAAAAGCUUUGUAAAAAAUUCAUAUUUCAUAUAUACUGGUUGUAAUAUAGUUGCUGCUAUUGAUGGACUUCUGUUACACAUUUUCUGAUUUCAACAAUCUAUGCAGCGUUGCUUCUUUUUGAUUACAUCACAUUUACACUUUUGUUUGCUUUCUUCAAGUUCUUAUUCUUAACAAUAGAAUAAUAAAGAUGCUCUGUUACUGGU